CUAACUUAUCGCCGGCUUCACGGUUCAGACAGUAAUCAAUAAUGGCGGAGCUUUCCUUAAGCGGUGCCAGGACACAAGGGGAUUCGGCUAUCCGGGAGGAGGAUGGGGACUUUGAGCCGACUGCGGACAUGCUUGUUCAUGACUUUGAUGAUGAGCAGACGCUGGAAGAGGAGGAGAUGCUGCAAGGAGAGACCAACUUCAGUGCUGAGAUAGACGACCUCACUCGAGAAGGAGAGAUGCCUCUUCACGAGCUUCUAAAGAUGUAUGGUUAUGGAGGAGAUUCAGCAGAAGAGGAAGAUGAAGGAACAGAAGAGCAGGAAAUCUCAGAGAAAGAUCAGAGGGGCACAGCUCAAGGAGAAUUCAAGGCAAGCAAAGAGGACAGAGAGUCAUGUGACCAAGAGGAGGACACCCGUUCGUCCAGUGAUGAGUCUGCUCAAAACAGAAGGGCACACGGCACAGCUCAGCUUCUCUGUCCUGAGCCAUGCAGCUAUUUUGACAGUAACUAUGCUGAUGAGUCUGAAGAUGAGGAAUAUAUUCCAUCUGAGGAGUGGAAAAAGGAGGUUAAAGUUGGACCAAUGCACCAGGCUGAGACACCUGCUGGGCUGUGCAAAUAUGAAGACAACGAAAAGGUGUAUGAGAAUGAUGAUCAGCUUUUGUGGAAUCCGGAGUUGCUGCCCGAGAACGAGGUGGUGGAUUAUUUAGCUGAAGCUUCUAAACGCACUGGGGAGGAGAUCAGUGGAGAGGCCCUCCCAAAGAGGCCUCUUAUUAAGGACAAUGAGCAGGCUCUCUAUGAGUUAGUGAAAUGCAAUUUUAACAAGGAAGAAGCUCUAAGUAAACUGAAGUUCAGCAUAAAGCCUGCUAAAGAGGACCUGUCAUUUUGGACGGAGGAGGAAAAUCGAGAUUUUGAGCAAGAAGAUGAAGCAUGUGGAAAGGAUAAUUCUGUAGAAGCCAACAAGCAGAUCAAACUCUGGAAAAGAAAAGCCAGUCUUCAUCCUGAUGUCACGCACUUCACAGGCCGGCUGUUGAGUGAGACGGAGAGCACUGAGGUCAGCCAAACUAUUGGUCAUCCUGUUGCUUCCAGCUGUGGUGGUAGCCAGCUGGAAACUGAAAACAGCCUCACCACACACAAAGAUGCUGAUUUCCAUUCUACUGAGCAACUCCUUGCCUGUGUUAGUGACCACACAGGUGACCGUAGCAACACAAAUGGCUCCUCACACGGUUUAGAUCAUACCAGAUCAGACACAAAGUUCCAUUCCAGCUCUAAGCCAGACACCAGCAGUCCAAGCACAGAACCUGUCAGUCGUUUGGUCAGACAGAGGGAGGAUGAGGAGGGCUUAGAGAGCCCCUUGAAAAGGCAGAAGACUGAGGUGGAUCUCCUUAUGAAAACAGCUGUCUCGGGCAGCAGGAUGGAGACAGUUUAACACCAGCAGUAACACUCCAAGAAAAUAUAGAAGGUACAGAUUUGGCUGAAUUUCAGGGAUUUGAUUUAAAA